UAUCAUAUGUAAAUACGUCAACAAUCAUAAUUGAAAAUUGAGUCUUACAACUUAAUAAAAAUUAAAUGAAAUCUAUGAAAUAAAUAUAUUUUAACUUUUAUGAAUUAAUUAAUGUAAAGCUUCAAUUAAAAAACUUUUAACGCAAUGAUUUCAUCUGGGUUUAGUGGCGCUUUAAAACUCGCUGAUUUAGAUGAUUUUAUUACUCCAUCAUUGGAAUGUAUAAAACCAGUCGAAUUUGAAAAAUCAAUUGGUACAGGUGCUAAAAUUAAGAUUGGAACUGAUGGUUCAUAUGAACAAGAAACUAAAGACGGAAAAAAUGAGAAAUUGAAACAAGUAGAAAUUUCACUAACUGACUGUUUAGCUUGCAGUGGUUGUAUAACGUCUGCAGAAACUGUACUAGUCCAACAACAAAGUACUGAUGAAAUGAUGAGAAUUUUAAAUAGUCAAAAAAAUAUAACGGAAAAUAAUCAAAAGAUUAUAGUAGUGUCAUUGUCUAUACAGUCAUGUGUAUCAUUCGCUUUAAGCAACAAUAUAUCUGUCCAGCAAGCUGCUUUAAAAAUAUGUGGAUAUUUUAAACAAUUAGGAGCAAAUCUCGUUUAUGAUUUAAAAUUAGCAGAAGAUAUAGCGUUAUUAGAAUCUCAAGAAGAAUUUAUGGAAAGAUAUCAAUCCGCUAAUAAUACAAAAUCAAAAAAUAAAAUAUUGCCUAUGUUGGCCUCAUCAUGUCCUGGUUGGGUAUGCUAUGCAGAAAAAACUCAUGGACAUUUUAUUCUUCCAUAUAUUAGUCGUGUAAAGUCACCUCAGCAAAUCAUGGGUUCAUUAAUUAAAGAUUAUAUUUCAAAACUAAAAAAUGUAUCAAGGAAAGAUAUUUAUCAUAUAACAUUAAUGCCAUGUUUUGAUAAAAAAUUAGAAGCUUCAAGAGAACAAUUUUUUGAUGUAAAUUCUCAGACAAAAGAUGUUGAUUGUGUAGUUACUUCCAUUGAAAUAGAUGCUCUAAUGAUCAAGGAUAACAUGAAAUUUAAUGAUAUUAUUUCUGAAAAAUUAGAUGCAAUUAGUGAUUCAGAUUAUAUUUGUAAUGCUCAACUGUUAUCUAAUUCUGGCUCUGGUUCAGGUGGAUAUGCUUAUCAUAUAUUUCGUCAUGCAGCCCAAAAAUUAUUUAAUAUUAAUGUCGAACAAGUUUUAUUCACACCUCUAAGGAAUUUAGAUAUUAAGGAAGCAACACUUGAAAUUGAUGGUGUAAUUGUAUUGCGUUUUGCAAUUGCUAAUGGUUUCAGAAAUAUUCAAAAUCUUGUUCAAAAAUUAAAAAGCAAGAGAUGUUAUUAUGAUUAUGUUGAAAUAAUGGCUUGUCCAUCGGGGUGUCUAAAUGGCGGAGCUCAAGUAAAAAAAAAUGAACUUAAACUUAACAGAGAAUUUAUCAAUGAACUAGAAACAAAAUAUGAUGAAUUACCUAAAGCUAUGCCAUCAGAUAGUAUUGAUGUACAAAAAUUAUAUACAGAAUGGUUAAAUGAAAAUAAUAAAAAUAAAUAUUUAUAUACAACAUAUCGUGAAAUUAAAAAGAAUGAUCAAGCAUUAAGUAUUAAAUGGUAAAUUAUUAUUGAUGUCUCUUCAAUAGUAUUGAAUUUAAUUAUUAUUACUCUAUUACCUUAUUGUUGUACUUAGAAUUAUAUUAAAAAUACUUCAGUGAAAUU